UCUUUCAGCUGAAAAAAAACAACAACAAAAUAAAACAUUCAGAUGAGUAAAGUUUUUAUAGAAUCCUACUUUCUAAAAAUAUUAUUAUAUUAUAUUAUCACUCAUGCAGUAAGUGGUGCAAGAAACAUCAAUGAAUGAGUGAUGUUUCCAUAGUGUAUGCCUGAAAUGGCACUCUUCUUUAGUUCCUCUUCUUUCCAUGAUUCCCUUAGCCCCACUUGCUCUUGCUCAGUGAGGUCUUAGCCAAUACAUGUUCUUAAUGUGAUCAAAUUGUCUAGUGUUAUGGCAUGACUAGGAAUUAGUUAUUUGUUUUGUAAAUAGGGGAAGUUUGACUUAGAGACAAUAUGGCGACUAGUAAAAACUGGACUAGGUUUUGAGAAGGAAUAGUGAAAUGUAAACAGACUACUUUUGACGGCUUUAGAGAGGGGCAGCUAUUUAUGAACAUAGAGAUUUAGCUUGACAACAUUCAGCAGUUCCCUUUGUUAUUAUUAAAGUUAUUUAACAUUCGCUUUUAGUGUCAAUUAACUUAUAUUAUUGGCCUUUCGCAUGUGUUAUUGGAUUUCGUUAUUUGAGUGUUACUUCCGUUUGACUCAGCUUCAUAAUGCACAGCAUGGAAACGCCUAACACUAGCCUUCUCCAUCUUCUGUACAUAGAGGCUUAUGUAACAGCAGAAUGAGCAUAGUUCAUUUUAACUAUCUAAUCAUAUGGUGUUUUUCUAAUCAAUUUACAAUAGAAAUAUUUGAUGUGGACAGAAAUAUGUCAUGUCAAGGCAAUGCCGUUUUUUUCAACCCCAGAAGUAAGGGAAAAGAGUAUGAGGUACCAUCCGAGCUGACGUGUAGGAAGGGCUGGACCAAACUGGACACACGUUGUUACCUCUUUGUAGCAACGCAGAAUUCCUGGCAAGAUGGUCAACAGUCCUGUAGAGAGACAGACGCAGAACUGGUCAGCAUUAGCAACGAAAAGGAAUACGAAUUGUUGCAAGAUCAUUUAUUUAAAACCUAUCCUGUUCUAAAGAGAUGGUGGCUUGGACUGAGCAGGGAUGUCACUGAAACAAUUCAUGCCUGGAAAUGGCUGGAUGGGUCAGAGUUUGAUAAUGAAAUAACGCCAUGGUCAGAUUCUUCACAGCCGUCCUUGACAGGUCAAAGGGCAGGGCUGGCAGAGAUAACGUCCAACAAAAUUCGUGUAAGUGCCGAGAACAUGGACUCCCCGGAAAACUUGAUUUGUGAACGUCCACUGGAGAACGUAACAACGACAACAGCCUCAACGUCACCUGCAACUAGUUCUACAACUACAGCAGUCGCAAUUACUACAACAUCCUUAGAGAUAACAACUUCGCAAGUGAUUACAACUACCUCAGCAACAACAAAUAUCACAACAGCAGCGACAACCAUACCAGCGACACCAUCCACACCAGUGACAACUGUUACCUCAGCAACAACAAGCACACCAAAGACGUUAACUUCUUCAGUGACAAGGACAAUAAUAGAUGCCAUGAGGACGACAACAUUAAAAGUGCGCCUUGAACUUCGUUCCUACUUUUAACAUGCAGACACGAGCCAAAUGAGCGAAUCGUUUAAUUUCAUAGCGCCUAGAAUUUCGUUCACAGUUUUACAUCCAGACGACAAACUUUCAUUUAUUCUAUCACGACAGGUGCAACUGACGGAUGGCACUGAAUAUUUGAACAAGAGUGACUGAUUUAAGUAAUAUGCUAUAGUACAGAAGUAUAUAGAUCCUUGAAAUGAUGGACUUCUAGUCGUGUGGUCUGCACUCUGGACUGUCCUCAAGUGGUAUCGAUGGUCCCGAGUUGAAACCCUGCCCUCUGACAUCGUCUUGCAAGAGCCUUAGACUAGAAAUUUGAAGGUUCCUUGUUAUGGAGUGUUUUCAUGUUUGUGUUUUUCUAUGGUGACGGUGGGAAGAGGUUAGCAAUUAGUUGUGAAUGAUGCAACAUAGGUGGCAUUGUCGUCAUUUGGUCUUAGAGGAGACGACUCCCAGAACGUGAGACUGAAAGGCCAUGCUAUUGUAGUGAGUUUAGAUUUUGUUAAAGAAUAUUAUUUUUAAAGUCUAGUAAUUUUUUAAAAUCUGAUAUCAACUUGAUUUAGUCUAUACUAUAAUUAAAGUUAUAUUUAGUAUUGAUCACAAGGAAGUCACUCAAGUUAUUUCAAGUUUUAUUACUUAAGACAUUUUACACCUACAGCGGUUUAGUUGUCUACCAGCAGUUUGGUGUUUAUAAACAACGUCGAUACGCCAUUUUGUCAAUGAUAAGAGAUGUCCCCAACCAUUGAGUGAGGAUGACACGAUAGGACACUUAAGGUUUUCAUUUCUAAGUUUAUAAUUUCAUCGUAUCAACAAAAAGAUCAACAAAUGCACACUACUAGAGUUGGUUCAUUUCUACGGACCUAGUGCUCACGCCGAGAAAGAAGCAAAUAGAUCUUGAUACUUUCAGAACAAGUUAACAUAAGCAAAACUUGCCAUGUGAGGCUUUGAAAGUUAUUGGUACAUCUCUAGUACUCGUACUUAAUUUUAAUUAGUAUUUAUUAAUGUUAGCGAUUAAAAUGUUUGCAAUUAUUUUAUUUUUAAUUUUAGAAAAAAAAAGAUCCACAGAAAACUAGAUUGUAUUAAUUUCUAACUGAUUAUUAAAGAAAAAAAUCCAGUUGAGCCAAAGUGUUUUUUAAAGACCAAAACAAGUCGAUCUCAAAGCAAUAGAAAGAUGAAAAGAAAGAUGAGAUUGGCGGUGUUGAGAGAGUAAUGGAGAGAGAAGGAGAGAGAAAGAGAGCUGGAGAAAAAAGAGAGAUAAAGUAAGAUGCAGAUAAAGGGAAACAAUAAAUAUAGGCCUAUGACAAAAGAUGAAGACAAUUAUGGGAGAGAGAGAUAGAGAGAGAGAGAGAAAGAAAGAGAGAGAGAAAGAGAGAGAGAGAAAGACGAAAAGUUAGGCCAAUAAUAGAAUAUGCAUCCUCCGUUUGGGACCCCUCAACUGAAG